AUGAGUGGCUCCUCCGGAGAGUCAUUACAAAUCAUCAACACGGUGGAAAUAGGAACCGGUUCGUUUCCGCAAUUCACAAAACUUCCCCCGGAGAUUCGUUCUAUGAUAUGGACGCAAUCACUCUGUCAUGAACGCUUUAUUCGAGUGGAACUUUUGCUAGGAAGAAGUCCUCAAGACCUAUUAGACGAGGAUCGACCAGACUACUAUAUUCGACUAGAUGCGCAUAUUCUGCAAGAACUGGACGCUCGGUCAAAUCACCGUGCUCGCCUUGACCGGGAGAAUAGCUUCCUGGUUGUCUUGAGAAACAGGCAUGAGAUAAGCAAGCUCUUCCGGGUUUGCUCCGAGUCGCGACAAAGUGCCAUGGGUUUCUAUCGUGUUAAAGUGCCUUGCUAUUAUAAGCAGCUGGGCGAAUAUCCGACCGAAGGUACAUUCUAUUUCAAUCCGGAGCUGGAUUUUUUGGAUAUUGUUGGGUUGAAAUUCCUUCCCAGAUUCGCCAACACACUAUUGGUUAAUGAUCCCUGGCAUGUCGGACUCAUCAACCUAGGGUGUGUAUGGCGUCAUGCUAGGGGAUACUACGAUCCUUUGUUUCAGCCGAUCGAGGGCGACGAGCAUCUUGUACGUCAACUUCUGUCAAGACUUCGUCGUGUCAUCUUCGGCUACAAUGGACACUUUGGGCGUGGUAUUCAGAAUCGUAUGGCUCAGAGGUACGGAUGGAAGCCUCAGUUACAUCGGUCCAGACCCAUACUGGCCUCUGUCUCCAAAUUUCAGAGGUUGCCACAGGAUCCCAGGUCAGUUGAAGCAGAGUUGACCAAGACUUUCUUGGGCUACUCGGAUCCGCGAGACCAGAUGUACCGCUGGUUCAGGCUUUUGGAGCACUGGCAAAUCGAGCAUCCCAAUCAUCGUGUCGAUUAUCGUUAUAUGGUUGCUGUUAACAAUACACGGGUGACGGACCGAGACGAAGCACUUUUUGCGCUCAGAGAAGAGAAGGAGGAAUGGAAUAGAUGCCAGGAGGCGUAUAUGGCCAACGGGGUACCCUGCGAGGAAGACGAUGAUGAACUUGCUUCAGCCUAUGGGUUCUGGCUCUUUCCCAUAAAUGCAUUCGGGCGCAUCCCAAAGGCCAAUAACCGGAUCCGUCAUAUUGGUAGAAGUUAUCUCGAGAGUCGGCCCAGGGUUUGGAAGUUUGGGAAGGCAUGGGAUGUAUCGAAGGAGUCGCCCGAGCUCUGCCUGCAAUACCUCCCCAAGGUACCAUUGUCAGAGCCCGAGGACAAUCGGACUAGCAGGCUAUGGAAGUCACCAAAACAUCGUCCAUGCAUGAGAGACCGAUUCCCUUUAUAG